UCAAUGCUAAAUUACUCGGAUACAAAUCUAUAACUAUGGCCUCAAUGUAGCCCUAAUUCACACGAUUGCACUGAUUAACCGCACAACCCCGCUGACUACAUACAGACUGAAUCGAGUUCGGAUUGCGCCGUAGAAAUGGCUUCCCCCUUCCGAAAGGUUGGAUGUUCUUGUUGUAUUCAAUAUCAAUGAAUGUUUAGUAAAAAAAUAUUAUCUUAUUUGUGGUUUUGUUGGACGUUUGGAGUUAUAUGGUUCUAGAGUUCGGAUUUUCACACCGCGGUUGGAAUUUUUUUUAUUUUUAUUUUUGUUAGUACCAUAAUGGGGUCUUGGGUUUCUGGGUUUUUAGAGUUAUUUGUGGACUUCUGCUUCUCUGUUGAAUCGGAUAUUAGUUGAAAACCGUAGGUUUUGUAAGGUUUAUUGUACUGAAAGAUGGGGGAGAGGAGGUAUAGAGUGGGUUCUCGGGGACGGUCUCCGUCACCUCGGCGUCCACCGCCAAGGUCUAGAAAUUUGAGUCCUUCAAGGCACCGCAGAUAUUCCCCAUAUCAAAGUCGCAAGAGGGAAGAAUAUAACGGGGAAGCUGAGAGAUCACGGAGGAUUGACAAAAGUGAUCAUGUUGAGAGAGAUUUCAAUUUCCGUGGACCGAGGUCUUCGGAAUAUGAUAAUAGAGGUAGAGAUAGGCAUGUGAUUGGUGCUAGGCGAUCCAGUAGUCCAAGGAGAAUUGAGAAAAGGGACAACAUUGAUGGGGAUUUCAAUACCCGCAAUGUGAGAUUAUCUGGUUAUGAUGAUGGAGGUAAAGGGAAAUAUGGAACCAGGGUCAGUGUUGGGCGAUAUGGGAGAUCAUAUGAUGAGGAUUCAUAUCGUGGUGAUUUGAGUUCAAUGAAGUUUGGGGGAGAUCAUCUUUUAGAUGGAUGCAGAAAAUCUGGUCAUGUCAAUGUGAAGGAUUACAGCCUCACGCCUGACUACUAUAGGGUUAGUGACACUAAUAUCACUGCAGGUGGUAGUGAGAUGGAUGAUUAUCUGCGGAGUCGUUACUCCGAUACAGGUCGAGCUGGAUUGUUGUCACAGUAUUUGGAUAGCACCAAGCCUGUUUCCCUAGGAUAUGAGAGGGGAGGAAGGAUGCACGCUCACACAUACACAUUAGCUCAUGCUGGGGUUGAUGAUAGAGGUAGAAGUAAUUUAAGCGUCGGUGAUGGCAGCAACCACAAGUCAUCUACUGCAUCACGAUAUCUGAAUACUGAUACUGACAAGCAGGGAUAUUUUCAUUUUCGGGAUGAAAUUCAUUUGGAGAAAAGAGAUGGAGCCUUCGGUGAUAGAUUAGAUCAUUAUGAAAAGAGAAGUGGUGAGUUUCAGUUACAGGAUGGACUUCUGGGUAUAGAGAAAACAGCAAGAAGAGAAAUGUACAAUUUCAAGAAGGAAGGGAAUGUGUCUUCGCAAGGGUAUCUGAAUGGGGAUGCUGACUAUCUAGUAUCAUCCUCUCAGCCUAAGGACUAUGUUUCAGUGUCAUCGGGCACAUUGAUGGAGGAUUUUUCGGGAUACUGUCCUAGGAAAGACAUUGAUAUGCCAUCACAUACAAUUCAAAAAGGAAGUGGAUUGGCUUCUGACCCUGUUGGCUUUGAUGGAUACAGUGACAUGAAGCAUAACAUGCCCCUUAUAUUGGAUGAUAUAAGGAGCAGCUCAAGGUUAUAUCUUGGGCUGCCUGAGGAAAAGCAGGGAGAUCGAUUAUAUGCAGAAUUUGGUAGAGGCAAACUAUACAGUACAAGGCUCAAUGAUGUUGAAGAAGUAUGUACAGACCAGCAUUUGCCAAGAAUUGAUGAUUUAAAUCCUACAGUUGAUGAAUCAUCUCACAGAAAACAUAUUCGGGAUAAUGAACUAUGGGCUCAGUAUCCUUCCUCAGGAGUGCAGUUAACGCCUGAUAAAUUUGAUGCACACAGAUCAUUGCUUGUGAGAAACCAAGAUCUGGAUAUGUUAAGUUCUCGCCUCAAUUAUGGAACUGAAGGACAUUAUCAGCAUGGAAGUGUUAUCCGAGACGAUCAUCAUGCUGAAGUGGAUGGUGGUCAGUGGUGUAACGGGGAAGGAUCAGAUAUCUUAGAAUCAAGGAGAUAUGGCCCUGAAGUUAGCAGACUUUAUGAUAGUCCCAGAAAGAGGUUGCCUUUGGCAGACUGGACACUGGGUGAACCCUGUGAAAGGAGGCUAAGACACAAACAAGUUAGGGAUGAGAUAUCAUAUGAGCAUGGUUUUGGGAUUAGAAUAUCAACUGAUGGAAAUGGUGCUCGCAAGAUUUACCACCAAGUAAAUGAGGGAGAUGAAAGUAAUCUCAUAAAUUUGUCAAAAAUGCCUAAAUCAGGCACAUAUUACAAUGAGAAAAUGUGGAAGUCAUCAAGCGAGGUGGCCAAUGAUCAGCCAUCCUCUUCAAAAUUCAUCUCAAGUCAUUCAGUGGACGCUCUUAAAUCUGAUUCUAGAGAUAUAAAGAUGCGAUUAGGACCAGUUCCUUGCAAGCUUCAUGUUUCACAGCGUUUAACAAAGAAACAUAGACCGUCAAUAAAGAAGCGCUUGGCACCUGCUCCACCAAAGAAGCGAGCUAGUCUUCCUUGGCUGAAAAAUUUGAGUUCUAACCGAAUGGCAAUCAUCCAAGGUGAUUCAGAUGAAAGUCCUCAUGAUCAAGAUGCAGACCACAUGGGAGAUGAUCUUCCUCUUGCAAAGGCUGAACCCCCUGAAAACUCUCAGGAUUUCAAGCAGCUGGUGCAAAGCGCGUUUUUCAAGGUUCUCAAACAGAUUAAUGAAACACCAAUGAAACGAAGGAAUUAUAUGGAACAAGGAAAAGUGGGUAGUCUAAAGUGCAUUGUAUGUGGCAGCAAUUCCGAGGAGUUUGUAGGGACAGAAAGCUUGGCAAUGCAUGCUUUCACAUGUGAGAACGUAGGCCUUAGAUCUCAACAUUUGGGCUUGCACAAAGCACUUUGUGUGCUGAUGGGAUGGAAGUUCACAGACGAGUCCAGCAGUGGAUGGCAUUGUGAUGUAAUGUCUAGCGCUGAGAAAUCAGCUCUGAAUGAAGAUCUCAUUAUCUGGCCACCAGUUGUUAUAAUCCAUAACAGUACCGUAGAUAGCAAGAAUCCUGAUGAACGGGUUAUCGUAUCCACGGAAGAACUGGAUAUGAAACUCAGAGAUAUGGGUUUUGGAAGCAUUCUUAAGGUAUGCAAUGGGAAACCUGCGAAUCAAAGUGUGAUACUGGUAAAGUUCAAUGGUACCCUUUCUGGGUUACAAGAAGCUGAGAGUUUCCAUCAGAACUAUAUCAAAUCUGAACAUGGGAGAGCGGAACUAAAGCAAUUAAAGUCUAAGCAUGGAAGUUCCAGUGGACGCACAGGAGCAAUAUCAUCAGACACGGAAGAAUUUUUGUAUGGUCACCUGGGAAUUGCAGAGGAUCUGGAUAAGCUCGACUUUGAUUCUAAGAAACGAUGUGUUUUGAGAAGUAAAAAGGAGAUUCUGAACAUUGCCAACGCACCUUUUUUUAGACACUGAAGGAGAGAAUGACUGAUAUUAGUAAAGCAACCAGUCCAGCAGUCGACGAUCUUCUCAUUGCAUGAAGAAACUGGUGAUUGCUUAUCUACGUCAUUCCCUUCUUCCUCCUGGACUGCAUGUUCUUGAUACAUGACAACUGUGCUUAAAACCAUGACCAAUGGCAGCGUUAGCAGCUUUGCAUGCUUUGUGCUUUGGGUUCUCUAGAGCAGACAUGUAAAUCCCUCAUUUUGGUUCUGGAUUUUGAAAGCUUGGACGGUGUAUUUACAGGCUCAAAGAGUAUACGUACGUAGUACUUUACAGGUGAUAACAUAGAUAAAUGAACUUGAAUUGGUUUCUUUGGGUAACCUUGUCCAAAUUCCUAUUGCUAUUCUUUUGUUUUUAUGGUUACUUCUGUUGCUAUUCAUUGA